AUAGCCUGAUAUUUCCCUUACACUUUCAGUGUUUUCCGUGCCAGUGCUGUACUGCAAUGUUGCCAUUGGUCUGGCUGGAACUGUUUAUACAGCUCUGGGCGGACUUCGCAGCGUUGUAUGGGCAGACUGCGUUCAAGCAGCGGUGAUGGCAUUGACACCUGUAAUCAUCAUUACAAAAGUCAUCUAUGAUUCACCCAGUGCCAGCCCACCGCUGAGGCCUAUGACUGACUUCAACGUUACGCAAUACAUAUUCAGAACGAACUUCGACCCGACAACCGAGGAGAACUUUUGGAGUGGUUUGGCAGCAGCGCUCCCUUACAGCUUCGUGCGCCUUGGGUUCGACCAGAUGGCAGUGCAAAGGUUCAUGGCAGCGAGGACCCUGCGACAAGCGAAAAGGAUAGUCAUCACCGGUGCCGUUUUCGUGAUCACCUUUUUUCUAACGUCAGCAGUCGCAGCCUUGGCAAUUAUCUACUGGUACAGAGAUUGCGAUUUAGCCCUGUCCGGUGCCAUCAGCAGCUACGACCAGGUUGUUCCAUACUUCUUAAGAGAGCGGUUGGCUGACGUCACGAUGGUGCGGGGAUUAUUCUUGGCUGGUUUGCUGAGUGCUUCCACAAGCACGGUGUCGUCAAUCGUCAACUCUCACGCAGCCACGUUCUACAUCGACAUCGUUUCGCCGUACGUCGACAUGAGCGAGAGAACAGCGGUGAACGUGAUGCGCCUUCUAGCUUUGGCUAGUGGAACCAUAAUGACGCUCUUCGCAAUCGCAGUGCCAUAUGUCGGCUCGGCUACAAGGGUCUUUAUUUCCUUGUACACCUCCGCUGCGGGUCCGUUUGCUGGCCUUAUUCUUCUGGCGAUCUCGUCGCCCUGGGUCAACGCAAAGGGUGCAGCGUGGGCGUGCCUGCUGGUCUGCGCACUGCAGGUGUGGCACGCCGUAGGCAGAGCACUAUCGGCCAUGCCUGCUCCACCUGUGAUUGCCGGCACCAUGGACCGGUGCCCGCUUGUGACCAAUGACACCGGUCCCACGGAAAGGGUCGAAGAAUCCAUGGCUGAAAGCCUCCCUUACGUCUUCCCGCUAUACCGAUUGUCUUUCUACUGGAUGGCCCUGUCUGGUGAGCUACUCACGAUUAUUCUGGGCACAGUCUUCAGCCUUGUCACAGGUGGGGCUAAGGAAACGAAGAACAACUUGCAUCUAACCAGUACCCCCGUUUUUGAACAUCUUGAGACGCUUCAAGUUUUCUCGACGUAUCGUUCAGUUUCACGAAGCAAGGACACAGGAUGGGGGAAAACCCUCAGCCGGCCAUUGCGAUGACGAAGAAUGCACGGCUCUCACCAGUUUGUUUUCGAGGAAUGGAGCAAAGAAAAUGCCUAAGACCGACGCCGUUGAGCAUUCUGAAUGCAUAACACAAGUCGUCUAAGUCAGGCACAGAUACAUAGUUUCAAAUAUAGAUAACUGUAAUUUAGUGCAAGAUGUCUUUGUUGAUGGGAAGGCCCAUCGCAGGAAAAUUACAAUAAAACAGCGUAAAACCUGCA